AUGGCGACAAGAAGAAAUCCACCACGAGCUGCUAGUACCCAACCUGUCCCAGAUCAGAGUCAACACCAACCAUCGGAGAGUGGACCCAUAGGGGGUCAUCCCCUAGAUCCCUCGCCAUCACAAGAUCGUGUCGCCCAGUUAGAAGGACAGAAUGCCUUAAGGGCUGGCCCUUUUACCCAGUCACUGGCAAAGAGGCCUCUCCAGACGUUCACGGAGAUCCUGAGCAGAGCCACCAAGUACAUUAAUGCCGAGGAGGUAAUGCAGGCCAAGAGAAUCGAAUACUCGGAUAAGAAAGAGAAGAAAAGUCAGAAUAGGGAGCAGAAGCCGAAAGAUAAAUCAGGUUGUCAGGGGGAAAGGUCGGGCCCCCGAUGGAGUCCGGUCAAGUUCACCUUGCUUAAUACUCCUCGGGUAGAGAUCCUGGCUACAAUUGAGAAUAAGGAUUACUUGAAAAAAUUGAGACCUAUGAAGGCCCCAACUAACAAAAGGAGUAAAGACAAGUAUUGUCGAUUUCAUCGAGAUCAUGGACAUGACACGAAGGAGUGCCAUCAGCUGAAAGAAGAGAUUCAGAAGCUCAUCAAUCGGGGUUUCCUAAGGAGGUUCGUAGCUAAGGAUACUGAGCCACAAAUGGGCGAACGUCGGAGAUCGAGGAGCCCUCCCCGUAGACGUGGUAGAUCCCAGGAAAGGCGUAGGACUAGGACUUCGCCUAGGAGAGAGAGUCGCCAGGGGGAGGGGAGUCCCCCACGACAUUUAAUUUUUCACACUUUGGCGACUGGGAUGGUGCCAAGCAAGAAGUCGAGAGAAAGCUUAGAUCUGCAUCGAAGCGGUGGAGUUAAGAGGGCUCGACCAGGGGAUGUUAUCUCCUUUACAGACGACAACUUGCCCGGGUAUCCGAUUUCUAAUGAUCCGCUGGUUAUCACGGCAAAGUUAAGGAAAUGGGAGCCUCGACGAAUCCUCGUGGACCCGGGGAGCUCCUCGGAGGUUUUGUAUCGACAAGCUUUUUUGGGCAUGGGAUACAAGAUGGAACAAUUGAAGACAGCUCGGGUCCCUUUGAUUGGAUUCGACGGGGAAGUGGUGUAUGCGGACGGUAUCUUUUAG